UCCCCUAUUUUCAGAGUGCUGUUCUUUAUUUACUGGCCUGGUUUUAAGGAUUGUUUUUCUUUAAAAAUAUAGCCAGAUUUUGCUCAGGAAAUGUCAGGCAGGAAGAAGCCAUCUGGAGCAUUUCAUCGUAAAAGGAGGUUGCAGCAUUGCCAAGAAGAUGAGAAUCAAGCUAAAGCAUUGCAAAGGUUUUUAACGACUUCACUAUCAUGUGAGACAGGAAACACAGAGACAACUAAAUUGACUGAUUCAGAUCAUGACGAUGAUGGCAAGAUACUAAUAUCUGAGUCUCUACCUGGACCAUCAACAAGUCAAGACCUUCUUGCAGUGACUUCAGCAACACCGUUAGCUCCUUCAAUUAUUGCUUGUGACAUAACUGGGUCCAACACUGAUGAUGUGGAUGAUGAUUUAUUAAGGGAUGCAGUCCUGCCAUCUAGUCAGAGGCGGUCCAACCAUAAGGCGAAAUAGGCACUUGCCUGUGGCGCCAUCGUCCCGGGGGCACCAUCGUCCUGGGAGGAGGGCACCACUCUCCACCUCCUUCUCUUUCGGGCCUUCCGGCGGCCGCGCUGAGCCUCCCGGUGCCCAUGUUGGGCCUUCCGGCCGGCGCGGACCCACCUUCGCACCACGCGAGCCCACCUUUGGGGCCUUCAGAGAUUGUGAGGUCUGUGGGAACUUGGAAGCUAGGUAUGUGGGGUUUAUAUAUCUGUAGAAGGUCCAGGGUGGGAGAAAGAACUUUUCUUUGAAGCAGGCGUGAAUGUUGUAAUUAAUCACCUUGAUUAGCAUUUAAUGGCCCUGUGGCUUCAAGGCCUGGCUUCUUCUUGCCUGGGAGAAUCUUUUUUUGGGAGGAGUUAGCUGUCCCUGAUUGUUUACUCUCUGGAUUUUUUUCUGUUUUCAGAGUGUUGUUCUUUAUUUAUUGUCCUGAUUUUAGAGGGGUUUUUUUGAUACUGAGGGCUAUCUGGGUUAUCUAAGUCCACACUGCCCUAUAUCCCUGUUCAAUGUUUAGUGCUAAAUUCGCAAAUAUAGUAAUUCCUACAUAACAUUACCAUGUAUUGAACUGCUUUUUCUAUUUAUUUGUUGUAAAACAUGAUGUUUUGGUGCUUAAUUUGUAAAAUCAUAAUGUAAUUUGAUGUUUUAUAGGCUUUUCCUUUAUCCUUCCUUAUUAUCCAACAUUUUCGCUUAUCCAACGCUUUUAUUUUUCAGUGAUUGGUUUGGGGGGAGGGGGGGCGCCAAAAUUCUGUUCGCCUACACUUGAAAGAUACCUAGGGCCGGCUCUGCAUCUAGUAGUCAGAAAACCAUUGAAACUGUAAGUACAUUCUAUUUUAACGUAUUAGUACAUAGUUUAGGAAAAUAUAAUAGGCCUGUCCAGUUCUUUAGCUAUUGCUGAGAAGAGGGAUGAAUGGAUGUGGAGGAAGAAAAGGACACUGUUCCAGAAUUCUUUAUUAUAAAAUAUCUCAGAGCUAUUUUCAGGUAGAUUGUAUUAAAAUAUCGAUUCAGUAAAUCUGUUAAGAACUGCCACCAUAAUUUUAUAAAACAAUUUGCAUUUACCAUGGUUUACAUUUAUAAAUAAUAUGCAAAAUCUACCUUUCCAAUUGGCCACUGCCAAAAGGUUUAUUUUAUUUCUAUUUUUUAUUAAAGAUUUCAUAACAAGGUUUUAUUGGUAUAGAUCUUGCAUUGCAUUAAAUCUUUGGAAAACUUUAAGAAGUUAACAUUCACUACAUGUCUUUUUUUUCAGGAACAAAGCAGAGACCCAUUUUCAGUGAUUUCAAAUGAUUGUGGAGAGUGGCCACCCAAAAUAAGUGAUCAAGUACGGAAAAUACUUGUGGAAUGAGGACCUCAGCAAGUCACAGACAAAAAUUUUCCGCAGGACACAAAGGGUAGGAGAUUUACCUCCAGUUAUUAUACAAGGAACUGUGCAACUGAGAGCAUGUCAACAGGAAUUGGCUACAAUUUUCAAUAUCAAAAAAUGCAGUUUUUUGUUUUAGUUGCAAAAAUUUUGGAAACUCAGAUUCUCUUCUUGCUAGUAGCCAAGGGUAUUCUGACUAGAAGAACUUGGCCAAGACUUUGGACGGUCAUGAGAAAUCCCAUACUCAUAUUCAAAACUAUGCAUCUUGGCAUGAACAUUUACAUUUGAACAAAACUAUUGAUGCAGAGCAUGAAAGAGUUAUUCAUGCUGAAACUGAACAUUGGCAGCAAGUUCUGAAACGCUUGCUAUGUGUUGUACGGUUUUUGGGGACUCAAGGGUUGGCAUUUAGAGGGAAAAAAGAUGUUCUAUUUGAACGUAAUAAUGGCAACUUUUUAAAAUUGGUAGAACAUAUAGCACAGUUUGAUGGUUUUAUGGCCGAACAUGUGAGAAGAGUCAGUUCCAAUGAAACAUGCGUUCACUAUUUGAGCAAAAAUGUCCAGAAUGAGUUUAUUGCUUUCUUGUCAGGCAAGAUCCAGAAUAAUAUUUUACAACAACUACACCAGGCAACAUAUUAUUCUGUUAUAUUAGACUGCACUCCCAAUGUUAGCCACAUUGAACAAAUGACAUUAUUGGCAAGAUUCAUAAAAUUUGAAGCAAAUAAAGAUGUCUCAAUUAAGGAACAUUUUUUAAGUUUUGUUCCUGUUCUCCAUGCUUCAGGUGAAGGUCUCACAGAAAUAUUACUGAAAGAGUUGGAAGCACAACGCAUUCCUUUAAAAAGUAUGAGAGGCCAGGGCUAUGAUAAUGGUUCUGCACUGAAGGGGAAACAUGUUGAAGUCCAGAGGAGGAUCCUUGAUUUGAAUCCUAGAGCCUUUUAUGUACCAUGUGGAAACCACUCCCUGAACUUGUUCGUAAAUGAUGCCGCUCUGUCUUGCAGUAUUGCAGCAGACUGUUUCAGCACCAUACAACAAAUCUUUAACUUUUUUUCAAGUUCUAUGCAAAGAUGGGGUAUUUUGUUGAAGCAUGUUUCAACUCUCACAGUCAAACCACUCUGCAAUACUAGGUGGGAAAGUAGAAUCGAGGCAUUGUUGCCUUUGAGGUUCCAUAUUGAAGAAGUAUAUGACGCCAUAUAUGAAGCUUCUAAAGAGCAGAAAUUUGAUACAUAUUGUAGGAACACUGCUAUAGUACUUCUUAAUAGACUGCAAAGUUUCAAGUUUCUGUGCUGUUUAGUGACAUGGCAUGGGAUCCUGCAUAAGGUCAAUAUGGUUAGUAAACUGUUGCAAAAAGUGACAAUUGAUCUUCAAAGUUCGAUGGAUCUUAUUAAGAGUGUGAAAACAUUUCUAGAAGGGAUGAGAUCUGACGAAGGUCUAAAUAGCAUCAUUACAGAUGCAAAGGAACUUGCAGAAAAAAAUGGAUGUUGCUGCAGACUUUGAAAAAGAAUCGCUAGCUCAACCAAGAAAAGUAAACAGACAAUUUUCAUAUGAGGGUAAAGAUGAAGCUGUACAUUCUGGUAAAGAUUCUUUUAAAGUCAACUUCAUUUUUGUUGUGCUUGACACCACAAUAUCCUCAUUAAAGGAGAGAUUUAAGCUAAUGGAAAACCAUAGUGAAAGUUUCAAAUUUCUGUAUGAUAUUUCAAGCCUUGAGAAAAGUUUGAAUGAAAGAGAAUUGAAGAACGCCUGUCAACACCUUCAAACCAUUUUGACCGAUGGAGAAGACCAUGUGAAUGGUGAUGAUCUGUAUGAUGAGCUAAAAAUAUUUGCAACUAUACUGCCCCCUGGAAGUCCCCCAGCUGAAGCCUUGUCUCUCAUAAGCAAACGUGGUUUGGAGGAUCCUUUCCCAAAUGUCUAUAUUGCAUUAUGAAUUCUGUUAACACCUCCAGUAUCUGUGGCCAGUGGUGAAAGGAGUUUUUCAAAAUUAAAACUUAUAAAAACUUACUUAAGAUCUACUGUGAGUCAAGAAUGCUUGAGUGGAUUAGCAAUCUUGGCCAUUGAAAAUGACUUGUUGCAAGA